AGGGAUCUCAGAGGCACAAAGCCGAGGGGAAGGGGAGCGACACGCGCGGCUCCUACCCGGAGGCCAGUGGGUGCAACCGGCCCCUUCCAGCCGCGCGGGGCGGCGGACUCCGAGGAUUCAGAACCCGGAGCGUGGCAGCCGCGGGCGCCCGGGAGGAGGAGGAGGAAGAGUAGGAGGCGGGCGGGCGGGUGCGCAGCGUGAAGAGGCAGCCUCGGCGCUGCCCGGCUCGGCGGCAGGUCACUGUGACCAGAGAGAGCUCGUGGCUUUCCAAGCUCUGCAUCAGGCUGUCUGGGGUAGACAUCCGGAGAGGAGAGGCUUUCACCGAGAAGGCAGCCGACGAGGGCAGGAACCUUUUCAGUGACUCCCCGGGUUUGUGGUCCUAGAUCUACCCAUUACUUGUUGCGUGACCUUUGCUCAUGAUGCCUCAGAUCUGAUCCACAUCUAACAGGCUGGCAAUGAAGACAUCCAGAGAAUAGUUCACAUCUAUCAUGCGUCACUUCUAGACACAGCCACCAGACACAUCUCCUCCCCACUCUGCCUGACCUGUGGUUUAGGGACACAUCCCACGGCCUCUCCUGACGUCUGCCUGGUCAACCAUCGCUUCCUUAGAGAAUAAGGAGAGAGGCAGACGCAGGAAAUCAUGCCACCGACGGGCCACCAGCAAUGAGUGGGUGACGCUGAGUUGACGUCAAAGACAGAGAGGGCUGGAGCCUUGUCAGCACCUGUCACCCCAGCUCCUGCUCGCAGUGUAGCCUGAAGCCUGGCUCCUCCUGGUGAAAUCGUCUUGGCCUGAUAGCAUCGUGAGGUCUUCAGACAGGGCCCUUGGAAGCCGGUGACCAUGGAGGAUCACAUGUUCGGUGUUCAGCAAAUCCAGCCGAAUGUCAUUUCUGUUCGUCUCUUCAAACGCAAAGUUGGGGGCCUGGGAUUCCUGGUGAAGGAGCGGGUCAGUAAGCCGCCCGUGAUCAUCUCUGACCUGAUUCGAGGGGGUGCCGCAGAGCAGAGUGGCCUUAUCCAGGCUGGAGACAUCAUUCUCGCAGUCAAUGGCCGGCCCUUGGUGGACCUGAGCUACGACAGCGCCCUGGAGGUACUCAGAGGCAUUGCUUCCGAGACCCACGUGGUCCUCAUUCUGAGGGGCCCUGAAGGCUUCACCACACACCUGGAGACCACCUUUACGGGUGAUGGGACCCCCAAGACCAUACGGGUGACCCAACCCCUGGGUCCCCCCACCAAAGUUGUGGAUCUGUCCCACCAGCCAGCAGCCGGCAAAGAACAGCCCCUAGCAGUAGACGGAGCCUCGGGUCCCGGGAAUGGGCCUCAGCAUGCCCAAGAUGAUGGGCAGGAGGCCAGCUCGCUCCCUCAUGCCAACGGCCUGGCCCCCAGGCCCCCAGGCCAGGACCCCGUGAAGAAAGCAGCCAGGGUUGGUCUCCAAGGCAGAGGGGAGAACAAUGAACUGCUCAAGGAGAUAGAGCCUGUGCUGAGCCUUCUCACCAGUGGAAGCAGAGGGGUCAAGGGAGGGGCACCUGCCAAGGCAGAGAUGAAAGAUAUGGGAAUCCAGGUGGACAGAGAUUUGGAUGGCAAGUCACACAAACCUCUGUCCCUCGGCGUGGAGAACGACCGAGUCUUCAAUGACCUGUGGGGGAAGGGCAAUGUGCCUGUCGUCCUCAACAACCCAUAUUCAGAGAAGGAGCAGCCUCCUGCCUCGGGAAAACAGUCCCCCACAAAGAAUGGCAGCCCCUCCAAGUGUCCACGCUUCCUCAAGGUCAAGAACUGGGAGACUGACGUGGUUCUCACUGACACCCUCCACCUUAAGAGCACAUUGGAAACAGGAUGCACUGAGUAUAUCUGCAUGGGCUCCAUCAUGCUUCCUUCUCAGCAUACACGGAGGCCUGAAGACGUCCGCACAAAAGAACAGCUCUUCCCUCUCGCCAAAGAGUUUAUUGAUCAGUACUAUUCAUCCAUUAAAAGAUUUGGCUCCAAAGCCCACAUGGAAAGGCUGGAAGAGGUGAACAAAGAGAUCGAAACCACCAGCACCUACCAGCUCAAGGACACAGAGCUCAUCUACGGGGCCAAACACGCCUGGCGGAAUGCCUCGCGCUGUGUGGGCAGGAUCCAGUGGUCCAAGCUGCAGGUGUUUGAUGCCCGUGACUGCACCACGGCCCAUGGGAUGUUCAACUACAUCUGCAACCAUGUCAAGUAUGCCACCAACAAAGGGAACCUCAGGUCGGCCAUCACCAUAUUCCCCCAGAGGACAGAUGGCAAGCAUGACUUCCGAGUCUGGAACUCCCAGCUCAUCCGCUACGCUGGCUACAAGCAGCCUGAUGGCUCCACCCUGGGGGACCCAGCCAACGUGCAGUUCACAGAGAUUUGCAUACAGCAGGGCUGGAAACCCCCGAGAGGCCGCUUCGAUGUCCUUCCACUCCUGCUUCAGGCCAACGGCAAUGACCCCGAGCUCUUCCAGAUUCCUCCAGAGCUGGUGUUGGAAGUUCCCAUCAGGCACCCCAAGUUUGAGUGGUUCAAGGACCUGGGGCUGAAGUGGUACGGCCUCCCCGCCGUGUCCAACAUGCUCCUGGAGAUUGGCGGCCUGGAGUUUAGCGCCUGUCCCUUCAGUGGCUGGUACAUGGGCACGGAGAUUGGUGUCCGCGACUACUGUGACAACUCCCGCUACAAUAUCCUGGAGGAAGUGGCCAAAAAGAUGAACCUGGACAUGAGGAAGACAUCCUCCCUGUGGAAGGACCAGGCCCUGGUGGAGAUCAAUAUCGCAGUUCUCUACAGCUUCCAGAGCGACAAAGUGACCAUUGUUGACCAUCACUCUGCCACUGAGUCCUUCAUUAAGCACAUGGAGAAUGAGUACCGCUCCCGGGGAGGCUGCCCUGCCGACUGGGUGUGGAUCGUGCCCCCCAUGUCCGGAAGCAUCACCCCUGUGUUCCACCAGGAGAUGCUCAACUACCGGCUCACCCCCUCCUUCGAAUACCAGCCUGAUCCCUGGAACACCCACGUCUGGAAAGGCACCAAUGGGACUCCCACAAAGCGGCGAGCCAUCGGCUUCAAGAAGCUGGCAGAAGCUGUCAAGUUCUCGGCCAAACUGAUGGGGCAAGCUAUGGCCAAGAGAGUCAAAGCGACCAUCCUCUAUGCCACAGAGACUGGCAAAUCACAAGCUUAUGCCAAGACCUUGUGUGAGAUCUUCAAACAUGCCUUUGAUGCCAAGGUUAUGUCCAUGGAAGAAUAUGACAUCGUGCACCUGGAACAUGAAACUCUGGUCCUUGUGGUUACCAGCACCUUUGGCAACGGAGAUCCCCCUGAGAAUGGGGAGAAAUUCGGCUGUGCAUUGAUGGAAAUGAGGCACCCCAACUCUGUGCAGGAAGAAAGGAAGUACCCGGAACCCUUGCGUUUCUUUCCCCGUAAAGGGCCUCCCCUCCCCCGUGGUGACACAGAAGUCCACAGUCUGGCUGCAGCCCGUGACAGCCAGCACAGGAGCUACAAGGUCCGAUUCAAUAGCGUCUCCUCCUACUCUGACUCCCAAAAAUCAUCAGGCGAUGGACCCGACCUCAGAGACAACUUUGAGAGUGCUGGACCCCUGGCCAAUGUGAGAUUCUCAGUGUUCGGCCUUGGCUCACGAGCGUACCCUCACUUUUGCGCCUUUGGACACGCCGUGGACACCCUCCUGGAAGAACUGGGAGGGGAGAGGAUCCUGAAGAUGAGGGAAGGGGAUGAGCUCUGUGGGCAGGAAGAGGCUUUCAGGACCUGGGCCAAGAAGGUCUUCAAGGCAGCCUGUGAUGUCUUCUGUGUGGGAGAUGAUGUCAACAUUGAAAAGGCGAACAAUUCCCUCAUCAGCAAUGACCGCAGCUGGAAGAGAAACAAGUUCCGCCUCACCUAUGUGGCCGAAGCUCCAGAACUCACACAAGGUCUAUCCAAUGUCCACAAAAAGCGAGUCUCAGCCGCCCGACUCCUUAGCCGUCAAAACCUACAAAGCCCUAAAUCCAGCCGCUCGACCAUCUUCGUGCGUCUCCACACCAACGGGAGUCAGGAGUUGCAGUACCAGCCUGGGGACCACCUGGGUGUCUUCCCUGGCAACCAUGAGGACCUCGUGAAUGCCCUGAUGGAGCGGCUGGAGGACACGCCCCCUGUCAACCAGAUGGUGAAAGUGGAGCUGCUGGAGGAGCGGAACACGGCUUUAGGCGUCAUCAGUAACUGGACAGACGAGUGCCGCCUCCCGCCCUGCACCAUCUUCCAGGCCUUCAAGUACUACCUGGACAUCACCACGCCGCCAACACCCCUGCAGCUGCAGCAGUUUGCCUCCCUAGCCACCAGCGACAAGGAGAAGCAGCGUCUGCUGGUCCUCAGCAAGGGGUUGCAGGAGUACGAGGAAUGGAAAUGGGGCAAGAACCCCACCAUUGUGGAGGUGCUGGAGGAGUUCCCAUCCAUCCAGAUGCCAGCCACCCUGCUCCUGACCCAGCUGUCCCUGCUGCAGCCCCGCUACUAUUCCAUCAGCUCCUCCCCAGACAUGUACCCGGAUGAAGUGCACCUCACUGUGGCCAUCGUUUCCUACCGCACCCGAGAUGGAGAAGGACCAAUUCACCACGGCGUGUGCUCCUCCUGGCUCAACCGGAUACAGGCUGACGAAGUGGUCCCCUGUUUCGUGAGGGGAGCACCCAGCUUCCACCUGCCCCGGAACCCCCAAGUCCCCUGCAUCCUUGUUGGACCAGGCACCGGCAUUGCCCCUUUCCGAAGCUUCUGGCAACAGCGGCAAUUCGAUAUCCAACACAAAGGAAUGAACCCCUGCCCCAUGGUCCUGGUCUUCGGGUGCCGGCAAUCCAAGAUAGAUCAUAUCUACAAGGAAGAGACCCUGCAGGCCAAGAACAAGGGGGUCUUCAGAGAGCUGUACACCGCCUACUCCAGGGAGCCAGACAAACCAAAGAAGUACGUGCAGGACAUCCUGCAAGAGCAGCUGGCGGAGUCUGUGUACCGAGCCCUGAAGGAGCAAGGGGGCCACAUUUACGUCUGUGGGGACGUCACCAUGGCUGCUGAUGUCCUCAAAGCCAUCCAGCGCAUCAUGACCCAGCAGGGGAAGCUCUCGGCGGAGGAUGCUGGCGUGUUCAUCAGCCGGAUGAGGGAUGACAACCGGUACCAUGAGGAUAUUUUCGGAGUCACCCUGCGCACGUAUGAAGUGACCAACCGCCUUAGAUCUGAGUCCAUUGCCUUCAUUGAAGAGAGCAAGAAAGAUACCGACGAGGUUUUCAGCUCCUAACUGGACCCUCUUGCCCAGCUGACUGCAGGUUUUGUAAGCGCAGACUGACACUGCUGAACCUUUCCUCUGGGACCCCGCGUGGCCCUCGCUCUGCCUCCCGUCCUUGUCGCUGUGCCCUGGUUUCCUUCGUCCGGGUUCUCGCCCCUCAGUGGUUUCCUCGGCCCUCCUGGGUUGAUUUCAGAGUUUUCCUGCUGCAAUGUGAUGCUUUUCUAAUCUGCAGUGGCUCUUACAAAACUCUGUUCCUGCCCCCUCUCUUGCUGACAAGGGCAACUAACGGGUGCAUGAAACCACUGGAACAUGGCCGUCGCUGUGGGGGUUUUUUUCUCUGGGGUUCCCCUGGAAAGGCUGCAGGAACUAGGCACAAGCUCUCUGAGGGAGUCCCUCAGCCACAAAAGUCCCCCCUUCCCCUUUUUUAUGAUGACGUUUUUGGUCGUGCGUGUGUAUGCCUGUGUGUGAUGGGCCAGGUCUGUCCGUUCUCUUCCCUGCGCAAGUAUGUCAACCUUAGAUCUCCACCUCUUUCACUGAAGACCCUCGAGGCCAAGAAACAUGUCCCUGGCCCACAUUAAUCCCUCAAGUGUCCAUAAUUAAGGGUCCACGCCCAUGUACCUGAAACGUGUGGAAGCCCAGUAAUUGUUCUGGUUAGAAAGGGUUCAGGGCAUGGAGGGAGGAGUAGGAAAUUGAUUAAGGGGCUAUCUCCCAACGAAAGGGGCAGUCCCAGAAUUUGAUGCAUUUAGAUUCUGAGACCAGUGAGCAGAGCCCUCACGUGACGUGAACCCAUCUAAUGGAUGGGGUGAGUCCCCUCCCCAAACCCACCCAUCCCACCAGAAUCACUUGACUUGGCCACAUCCACUGACUGCCCCAUCCUCCAGCAAUACCAUCCAAGGGACCCGGAAGUUAUGUUGUUCAAAGAAGCCUGGAUCUUCCUGCUUUGCCACUGGGUGAUUUUGGAUGAGUCACUUGUCCUCAGUUUUUCCUAGUCAUAAUGAAUCUAAAGAAUAUGAAUGAAUAGGCCGGGUGCAGUGGUUCACGCCUAUAAUCCUAGCACUUUGGGAGGCCGAAAUGGGUGGAUCACCUGAGGUCAGGAGUUCGAGACCAGCCUGACCAACAUGGUAAAACCCCGUCUCUACUAAAAAUACAAAAAUUAGCUGGGCGUGGUGACGCAUGCCUAUAAUCCCAGCUACUUGGGAGGCUGAGGCAGAAGAAUCGCUUGAACUUGGGAGGCGGAGGUUGCCUCCCAAGUGAACCAGGAUGGCGCCAUUGCACUCCAGCCUAGGCAACAAGAGUGAAACUCUUAUCUCCAAAAAGAAUAUAAAUGGAUUAAAUGUUAAAGCUUUGAUGCCUGGAAACAAUAUCAAGUAACUAUAUGAUUGUUAGUUUUUUAUUCCCCCAAAGGGGGCUUGCUGCUUUACCCCUGGGGGUGAAAUAACAAGCUGGUUAAAGUGCAUGAGAUUGAAGAUGGGAAGAACGUGGCCCUCGGGCUUCUUGCCCUCUGCACUUGAUCUCCAAAGCUUUAAACCUGUUAAAGUAAUUUUGACAAAUAAAUUACCCUCAACUCAGAUCAAAAAAUGGGCAGCCAAGUCUUCAGUAGGAAUUGGGGCCGGUGCAAUUUCUCCCUAAGAAGCAACCUGCUGAAUUUACUCUCUCAGGAUGAAUGCUGGGAAGGGAUCCCUUUCUAUAAUUAAAUGCUACAAAUUAACAUCAGGUGGUGCCCAGAAAGAGCGAAGAAAUGCUAGUGGCCACCCCAGAUUACAGGGUCCCCAAGGAUGCAAAGGGAAUGUUGUAUCAGUUCUACCCUGUUUGUUGUGUUCCGUACAGAAAACCACAUCUCUUUUAUGUACUAUGUGUGGGCAUAUCUUGGCGUUAGUGUGGGUCCCUGCUAAAGAGGAAGUGCACUGGCCCCUUUGAAAGGGCUUUACAAUGGGGGCACCAAGAUCCCAAAGGGCCCGACCUAGGAGACUGCUGAAGUGAAAAGGCAAUCUAUGUCUUACCUUCCCCUACCAUCCCUGGCAGCCCCCACUGCUGUCCCAUUCCUGGCACAUGGAGUUUGACUUCAUGCCAGCUGUAAUCUCCCCUCCCUUCCUUUAAUCCCAAUUUCCCCUGCUCAGCCUUCCACAGACAUAAAGAACAAACAUUCAGCAACCCACACUAACCCUUUCUAUCCUGAAGGAAAGCCCAUUCUAAACUUCUUUCCUGCAGGGCACAGUAGCUCACUCCUGUAAUCUCAGCACAUUGGGAGGCUGAGGCAGGCAGAUCACCCGAGGUCAGGAGUUCAAGACCAGCCUGGCCAACAUGGUGAAACCCUGUCUCUACUAAAAAUACUAAAGUUGCUGGGUGUACAGGUAUGUGCCUGUAAUCCUAGCUUCUAGGGAGGCUGAGGCAGGAGAAUUGCUUGAACCCAGGAGGCAGAGGUUACAGUGAGAUGAGAUGGUGCCAUUGCACUUCAGCCUGGGCAAUAGAGCGAGACUCCAUCUCAAAAAAAAUUAGUCAAAUAAAUACCUUUCCUGCAAACCCAAUUCCAGCUCCUACUAGCUCUUCUCCCAAAGGCGUUGUUUCCAAUCCUUUAUACCUUUGGAGACACGUGCCAAUUUCCCCGGGGAAGGAAACUGCUGUGUCCAAUCCCCAUCAAACAGAAAUUGAUCAGUGCUUCCCACUCCAAGUCAAGCUUUAUGCAGGAAUGCUUCUCCAUCAGGGAAUAAAUACUUAGAAGAGGUUACCAUGUGCGAGGCACCUCCUUUCUGCAUAUCCCUGCCCUUCUAGUAGCAGACAGAUGGAAACAUUGUCUUGUUUAGUCAAGGAAUCCAAAGAAAUGAUUAUAUAACCACGAUUCAUCUUUCUUCUCCAGAAAGAUUUUUUUUUAAGUAAACACCUUUCAAUCCCCAAUACAGGCUGCUUCACAACUCCAGGCUAGAAGGCAGGAGAGUGAUCUGAUGUGUUUCUUUCAUUUGCCAGAAUUCCCACCAAAAGCCCCUUUCUGUUGAGUAACCUAUCAAGGACCAGAGUGAGUCCAGAUUUAUUUAGCUCAGAUCCAGGGUGGAGAAAUACUGCCCUCUCGUGGUGGCUUUUCAUCCAGGCCUUGUAGCCAACAAUAACUGCAAAAUAGUAUUAAGCAAUGGAUGAGCAAAAUAGGGUUGACUGGGUAUCUGGGGGUUAUUCAAGUUAUGGCCCAUUUAUUUCCCUCUUGCCCUUGAACUGGCCUGUAGCAGCUCCAACCCCAUUUCACAAAAGUGAGUUUGGCCGGGAGGAAUGAGACAUCUCCUGAAAUAGCAUCGGAACAUGACGCCCGCCUGCCAUCACUGUGAAUCCAGUUCCCACACCUGUGUCAUGAACGAGCAGGGGGGCGAUAGUUAAACUCCUUGGGAGGAGAGAGGGCUUCCCUUGGUUUCCCUGGAGUGAGAUAGCCAGGUGUCUUUCUUUUGCAGGGGGGAUGCUUCAGACCCACCAAAAUGGAAUUUUGGGAGCCGACCUGAGUGCAAAUCCUAAUUCCACCCCUGUUGGUGUAGAUGGCUGUGGGCUGCUCCUUUGGCCUUUUAGAGUCUACAUACCCAUCUGUGUAACAAGGCAGAUUAAGUGAGAUAAUGCCCACAAAAUGCCCAGUAUAGUGCCUGGUUCAGAAGUUACUGCAUUUUAAUUUUUCACUUGACUUAUGGUACGUCUUGCUUCUCCAAUGUGUGGAAGGUAUCGGGGAGUGUGUAGAGAUAAGUAAAACACUGUUCCUCUUUUGUAGAAGGUUAGAAUCCUUUUUUUUUUUUUUUUUUUUUUUUUAGAAAGAGUCUUGCUCUGUUACCCAGGCUGGAGUACAGUGGUGCGAUCUCAGCUCACUGCAAUCUCCACCUCCCAGGUUCAAGCAAUUCUCCUGCCUCAGCCUCCUGAGUAUCUGGGAUUACAGGUGUCCACUACCAUGCCUGGCUAAUUUUUGUAGUAUUAGUAGAGGCGGGAUUUCACCAUGUUGGCCAGGCUGGUCUCAAACUCCUGACCUCAAAUGAUCCACAUACCCCAGCCUCCCAAAGUUCUGGGAUUGCAGGCAUGAGCCACCGCGCUCAGCCAAAGGUUAUGGUCUGAUGAAGAGAGACACCAGAAUUGACAUAGAUUUCCAGGGUUUGAGAAAUGGGUAGGAUUUCACUGGUAGCUUCUGGAAGAUAAGAGUUGGCCAGGAAUUAGGAAGAGUGACAGGAAAGGUAUGGGCGGGGAGCAUGUCAGAUAAAUUGGAGCUGGCUUUGGAAGACUGAGGAGGGCGAGGAAAGGUAGGCUGGGACCAGACAGUGGGGAGAGGUGAGUGGCAUCACAAGAAAUUUAGACUUUAUUCAACAGGCAACAGGGAGUCCCUAAGAGUGUUUUUCAAAAGAGGACAUUAAGGCAAUUGGAGUUAAGCUUGAAAAAGAAAGCUCUGGCCACAGUAUGGAGCAUGGUCCGUUGAGCUGUUGGGGGUUAUUGCUGCAGCCAAGGCUUGAGUGAGGGAAGAGGCAGAUGGAGUGAUAAAGAGACUCCAGGAACUAAAUCAACGUACCUGGCCCCCAUCCAUUGUGGAGGGUGAGAACAAAGGAGAAAUUAAAACAUCUUGCAGUCUGGGCAUGGUAGUUCAUGUCUGUACUCCCAGCGCUUUGAGGCCGAGGUGCGCAUAUCAGUUGAGGUCAGGAGUUCGAGACCAGCCUGGCCAACAUGGUGAAACCCCAACUCUACUAAGAAAAUACAAAAAUUAACCAGGCAUAUUGGCAUGGUUAAUUGCCUACUUGGGAGGCUGGGGCAGAAGAAUCGCUUGAGCCCAGGAGGUAGAAGCUACAGUGAGCCAAGAUUGUACCACUGCACUCCAGCCUGGGCAACAGAGCAAAACUCCAUCUUAAAAAUAAAAUAAAACAAAACAAAACACUUUGCCCCUAGCUGAGAGAGAGGUCUCCGAAGAGCAGGCUCAGGGAAAAGAUGACUUUUCAGUGCUGAUGUGAUAGCCAGCUUCUCUGGAGUCAAGGGGGUGAAUCCUUCCCAAGUCCAGCCAUGCCUAGAUGCCCAGAAGGAAAACUGACCCCCAGCCAGUAGACAUUAGCUAAGAACACGGAAUAUUCUGGCCAAACACACUUUCAGCAGCUGCGUGCUUUGGACUUUGAAAGAAGUCAGAUUUUGCCCUAAGCUCAAAACAAGUGAGAGAUCUGACCUAGCUCAUGGGGCAAAUGGUCCUAAUGGGAUAAGCAACCCAGAUGCCUGAUCCCUUCACACCUACAGCACUAGUGCCUAAUGCAGCCUUUUCAUUCAUGCCAUUAGGAAAUCCAUGGACUUAUCGCCUGUGUUUUAAGUCAGCCAUGUUUCCUUGUAUAUUUCCCUCUCCGCUGCCCCAGAUACCCAGCAUGCCACUGUGGCCGCCAUGUCCUCAAAGCCUUCUGUCUGUUACAGGAAGGUAGUCUGCAACUGCCAGGAAGGAACAAGGAGGGAGGAACUCUCACUAGGCUUCCCUUAUAACAUAUUCAUACUCUCUGGCUGUUCUCAAACUGAAGUCUCCUGCAUCCAAAUGUCCUCUCUGGCUCAAAUAUUAGGCCAGACAUGGUGGCUCAUGCCUAUAAUCUCAGCACUUUAUGGGAGGCUGAAAUGGGAGGAUCACUUGAGGCCAGGAGUUUGAGACCAGCCUGGGCAACAUAGCAAAAUCCCACUGCUAUAAAAAAAACUUAAAAAAAAAAAAAUGAGCUGGGCAUGGUGGCUGCUCCUGUAGUCCCAGCUACUUGGGAGGCUGAGGCAAGAAGAUCACUUGAUCCCAGGAGUUCGAGGCCACGGUGAGCUAGGAUCACACCACUGCACUCCAGCCUGGGUGAAAGGGUGAGACCCUGUCUCUAAGAAAAAUUAAAAAGACCAGGAGCUGAGAUUGAGGAAACACAGGUCUGAAGGACAGAGGGACAGGUCUGAAGUCCCGCCUCCUAGGGACUCAACACAGAUAUUCCCCAUGAACAGGGAUUUGCCCUUUUGGGGCCAACCUGUCCCUUCCUCAGCCCUUUAUCUCAUACCCCCUAUUCUUGGCCCACUGCCAAUCUCUGCCUUGUGGCAAAAGGACCCCAGAAGAAAAGCUGCCCCUCCCCAGAUGUAAGGAGCCAGGUACACUUUCACCCAUGACAAGCAGUGUCUGUUGAGGGCCUGUUUCCUAUUAAUACUUACCAAAGCCACGUGCGGGGGAGGUGGUCAAAUGUCAGUAUGCCUUAGUAUGUUUAUAUGAGUUCGUUUUGUUUUGGAAUAUCCGAACAGUUCUGGUCAAGCGGGACUUUGCCUGUCUCUUCCAAAACACAGUCCAUUACCGAUGAGAUGGCCCUGCAGGCAGGAACAGAUCUGCCUCAAUGCACUGCUUCCUGUAGUCUUUUAGAAAAUGAUUGCAGGACAGCAAGUGCCCAGAUUUGACGCCAAAGUUCUAGGAGACUCUAGCGCAGUCUGUCGACCUCAGCACCACUGGUCUUUGGGGUUGGAUAAUUUUUUCUUGUGGGGGCCAUCGUGGGCUCUGUGGGAAGCUGAGCAGCAUUCCUGGCCUCCACCCACUAGAUGCCCGUAGCAAUGCCCUCUGAAUGGUGACAAUCAAAUAUGUUAUGAGACAUUGCCCAACGUCCCCCGGGGGCAACACCCCCUCUCUUGGACUUCGGGGGCCAGAAAAUCUCUGCUGACUGCCCAGGACUUCUCAUUACAGAGUUCCUGGAGCGAGCAGCAGAAACUUUGCUUAGCCCAGAGGUUGUUUCCUUUAUCUGCUGCCAAACUGAGAUUUGAGGAUAUCGGGGGCCAGGGCAUAGGGAGGGCAGAAUGCUUUCAAAAACUCCUCCCAGGCCGGGUAUAGUGGCUCACGCCUGAAAUCCAAGCACUUUGAGAAGCUGAGCAGGUGGAUCACUUGAGGCCGGGAGUUCGAGACCAGCCUGGCCAACAUGGCAAAACCACGUCUCUACCAAAAAUACAAAAAUUAGCUGGGCAUGGUGGCAAGCGCCUGUAAUCCCAGCUACUUAGGAGGCUGAGGCAGGAUAAUCGCUUAAACCCAGGAGACAGAGGUUGCAGUGAGCCGAAAUUGCAUCACUGCACUCCAGCCUGGUGACAGAAUGAGACCCCGUGCCAAAAAAAAAAAAAAGCCCUCCCAUGCCAGAACAGAGGAUGGCAGUCCAUUUUGAUAAUGCUGUGUCCUUGGUGUUGGUUCUGAUUGAGACCCAAUGAGGUCCAGUGCCCUCAAGCCGGGUCUGGGUCCCCUCCCAUGUCCUGCGCUCUGCCGCCACUGUUUUUGUUGUUGUGCUGUGCCGUUGUGAUUGUUAAGACUCACACUCCUGGCUCAGCAGUGGUUUUCCAGAAGGCCCAAAGAGUGGUGCCGGGCAUUCCACAUUGCAAUGUCCAUUCCGGGUUUGGGAAGCUGGGGAGGUGGGCAGACUUGGUCGCAUCUCACCACACACACACACACACACACACACACACACACACACACACGUACGCACGCUGUCAGAAACUCGGCCGUUCCCCCCUACCUCGAGCUCUCAAUGCUGCUAAUCUCUGCCAAGUGUCCCUGUGCUCCAGCACCUUCCUCAAAGGACUGACGCCCGCCCCACGCUCUUUGCGAGGUUGUCCAGGCUGUGUUCGCCGCAUGCUCUUCUUCUGUAUAGUUCUCAUCUUCCAAUUUUAUGGGAUUCAACAAAAACCUAUUAUGCUUGUUUGCAUUAUGAUUACAAUAUUAAAAAAGUGGAUUCAA